AGUUCCUGGGACCCAUUAAAUUUGAGAAGGCACAAAGCGAAGGUUAAGAGGAUACUUGCAUUUCAGUGUUACAAAGUGAACAUAAUAUCACAUCUGAAUGGCUGUACAUUCCCCAGUUUUUUUAUUAUUUCAACAGCUGCAUGUUGUGUGGCAGUUACCUCCUAAAAUGCUGAAGAUCUGCCAGCAUUAGCAAAAAUAAAAUGGCGUUGCCCAAACCUUACAUAAACAUUACGAGAAUAAUGAAAGACUUGAAGACUCUGCAAGAGUUUAUUGCAGAUCGCUGACAGUUUUAUUCCACUUCCCUAUGAAUUCCCAUUGUGAAUGUCACUGAUGUUCCAUCUUCAUGUUUUAAAACUAAAUCGGACAAAGGUUACUUAUUUCUUGUACAAUGUUGAUUAGGCAAUGAUCAGUCUGUGACUCAAGGUACAGCUUUACAGAUAGAAGCAUAAUAUAAGGAUUUUUUAGAGACAAUCCUUUCUUUUAAAUAAAUGAAGGCUGUCAAGGUCUUACACAGUUAGCAUCCAGAGUCUUCUUGAGGGUCAUGGAGCCUGAUCCAAGACCGAGGAAUACAGGAAAGCCUCAUGAGAAUCCUAGGAAAAAGGCUACAAGAGGGGAUACCACAUUUACAACAUCUUCUUCUUCAGUUUAUCAGCCCAGAUCAAGUAUAACCCAUGGGAGUCUAAGUCAAAUUGCAUCUCAGCCUCACAGUUCUGGAUCUGUAGAGUUGUCUGUUUGUCAUACUCAAGAGCCGUAUAGUAAAGGGAAGCAACAAAAAGGUGCCUCUUCCCAUUCAUUUGAUCAUCCACAGCAGCAACCUCUGUCUCCAGCAUUUAUGCCUCCUGGAAGUCAAGAUUGUGGUCAUGAAGGAAAAUCAUGGCAACCUGCAGAAUCAUUAAGGCCAGGUCCUUCUAGAUCCUUCACUUCACCUGGACUACAUGCACAUGGUCAGCUUGUGCCCUUUCAUUCCUCUCUUGCCUCUUCAGAGGAUGUCCCUACUAUUCCAUUAUAUUAUGGCCACCACACAGCUCAGGUUGCAACAAAACCUGUAGAAGAUGUGCACAAAAAGGAAAAGAAACCUCAAAAACCUGGCAAAUAUAUUUGUAAGUACUGCAGUCGCCCAUGUGCUAAGCCAAGUGUGCUUGAGAAGCAUAUCCGGUCUCACACUGGUGAGAGGCCAUAUCCGUGCAUCCCAUGUGGAUUUUCUUUUAAAACUAAGAGUAAUCUUUACAAGCACAGAAAGUCACAUGCUCACAGAAUUAAAGCUGGCCUAUCCAUGGGAUCUGGGGGAGAAAUGUGUAGCACUGCUUUGGAAGUGGAUAGAAUUGGUGCUGAGGAACUUGAAGAGCCUACUGAAGGAGAAAGCACUGACUCAGACGAUGAAGUAGUACCAUGUGCUUCAGAGGAUCUUCCUUCUAGGCAAAAGUAUACCCCAUUGUACAGUAGCUCAGUAAGCAUGGAAAGCCAAGGAUCUUUCCAGUCUACUGAUUCUCAGUCAUUUGAAGACAAUACACGGUUUCUGGGACCAUCAUUAGAACAUCCAGCAGCUAUCAAAUCAGAAGAUACUCACACCAUUAAACAGAAGCUUGCACUUCAGCUUAGCAAAAGGAAAAAGGCAAUUGAUGAACAGGCACAUAGUUUUCUCAGUCCAGGGAGCAAAGGAAGUACAGAAUCCGGGUAUUUUUCUCGGUCAGAAAGUGCAGAACAGCCAAUAAGUUCACCAGCUUCAAAUGCAAAGUCUUAUGCUGAAAUUAUUUUAGGAAAAUGUGGCAGAAUUGGACAGAAGACCACUAUAGUGGCAAAUGUAUCCCAAGGGCUUUCAGAAUCAAUUACAGAGGAAAAAUCUAGUGCACUAACUUUUCCUCUGCCCAAAACACAAGUAAUUGAGCACAUUACCAAGCUAAUUACAAUAAAUGAAGCUGUUGUUGAUACAAGUGAAAUAGACAGUGUCAAACCUAGGAGAAGUUCCUUGUCAAGACGCAGCAGUAUUGAAUCCCCAAAGCCUGUUUCAAUUAGGGAGCAAUUUCAGUUUGAUAUAAAGCCUUCUGGGUGUCAGCCAGGCAUUGCCUAUGAUCAGACAAAACCCUCAGCAUACCAAGGAGAAAGAGCUACCCUUGAAAAGACAUCACCUGCACAUCUUGCUCAGAGUGUCACAGAGACUGCACCCCUACUGAGAAGUCAUUCAAUGCCUUCUGCUUCGAGUACCAUGAGCAGUUCAUCAACAUUUAGAGUUAGUCAUUCAUUUGAUGAUCGAUUUAUGGAGUCUGAAGAAAUCUUUGGUCGUGGACAAGGGUAUUCUUCUCACCCUCGAAUGCUGAAACGCCAGCCAGCCAUUGAGCUGCCUGUGGGAAUGGAAUACAGCUCUGAAGCAACUAGUUCAUUUAGUAUUGACACUGCAGCUGCAUCCAGUUUUGAACAGGAUUCCACUGAAAGUGAAACAGCCAAGAGGUCAAAAAGAGGAUUAAAAGUGAAAAGCUUGAUGUAUGAAUGUAAUAUUUGUAGUGCGAGGUACAAGAAACGAGAUAAUUAUGAAGCCCAUAAAAAAUACUACUGUUCAGAACUUCAGGCUUCAAAAUAUCACUCCACAAGCGCUCACACCCAAGCAGACACUGUACAGGGUUUCCGCCAUUUUGAUAUACAGCCACAUGUUAUGCAUUAUAAAUUAGGUCCAGGAUUAGAACCUACACCAAUGAGAAAACGAAGGAAGGAGAAAAGCCUUGGUGAUGAUGAUGAGCCACUGUCCACUGACUCACCUGCAGCAGCUUCAUCAAGUGCAUUUCAUAUCAGAACAGCCAGCAGACCAGAUAGUACCCCUUCAUUUGAAACAACUGUGACCAAACCCCAAGAGAUAAUUAGGUUAUCAGCAGAGAAAAGUGAGCCUAUGCAUGUUCCUGACACAGAUGUGGCUGCAAGAAUCCCAUCAGUCAUAGAAAGUUCUUUUACGCAGGGUGGUGUCAACGAAAGUGCAGAGAGAAGAGCAACUGGGAAAGAGAUUUCUGUGAUUCAGCACACAAGCUCUUUUGAAAGGUCUGAAUCAGUUGAGCAAAUGAGUGCCUCUGAUGGGGAAGAAAAAUCUCCAGGUCAUCAGUCAUUACAACCUGCACCUCAACAUUUUCAGCCAUCUCAUGCCUUGCAGCCAAGGCUAGUACGUCAGCCCAAUAUUCAAGUUCCAGAGAUUCUUGUCACAGAAGAGCCUGACAGGCCUGAACAAGAUCCAGAACCACCUGUCAAAGAGCAGGAAAAAAGUGAAGAAUUUCAGUGGCCACAGCGAAGUCAGACACUUUCCCAGCUGCCAGCAGAGAAACUUCCACCAAAAAAGAAAAGGCUAAGACUUGCAGAAAUGGCCCAGUCCUCUGGUGAGUCUAGCUUUGAAUCUGCUUCCCUUACUAGAAGUCCAAGUCAGGAAAGCAGUACGUCACAUAUUUCCAGCCACUCUACAUCAUUUGAACGGGAAGAGCAUGGCAAAUCUGACACUACAGAAUUCAUUAUGAAGUCUGUGAGCUCACACAUGUUGACUGUGCCAAGUCAUCCUUCUCUUAAGGAAAUGAGGCGUUCAGCUUCAGAGCAAGCUCCCAGUGCAUCCCAUGCAGCAGAAAUGUCUGAGACCCGCAGCAAGUCCUUUGAUUAUGGGAGUUUGUCCACUUCUUCAUCUGCAGUCCAUUCAUCCCUUUCCACUUUGAAGGAAAGAAGAAAGUGCUUUCUAGUGAGACAAGCUUCCCUUUCCAAAUAUUCUGAAGCUGAUCCAGAACCAGAACCAAAAAUUAGGCAAGAGACAGAAGAGCAGCGAGUGUCAUCUCCAGGCAAAUGCGUUACUCAAAGUAAAAGUUCCUCCUAUUCUUCUCCACCUUCAUCUCAUUUGGAGCAACAAGAUGACACAGACCAGCAGACCAGUGCUUCACAAAUAGGCUACAAACAGUCAGUCAGUGAAACAUUGCAGACUUUUAAGCAUCACGUACCACAGACAUUACCACAUGAUAAACAGUUAAUGACUUCAGAGUUUCCUUUGCUUUCAAUUCAACAACAGCAGCAGAGAACAGAGCUUGCUGUUGAGCUGUUUCCAACCCAAAGUAGUUCUAAUAUUUUUUCAGCACAUCUUUCUCUGCCUCAUGCUGCACAGACUUUGCCACCAACUCAUCAACUUCCCCUUCCACCAGCCCUUCUUCAACCAGUACAGAGUCACAUUACUCAGCAGGCAUGGCGUCAUCAGACAGAUGUAUCUUUUCAUCAGCACCCAUCAUUUCUGCACAUGCAGUUCCCUAGUUGUGCACCAUUUCCUACUGCAACAUUCCUACCACUACAACCACAAUUGGCUGUCCAACUAUCAACUGAAGAAGGAGUACUUUUCAAAGAUAAGUUGGCAUCAUGUUCCCCUCCAUCAGUGGAGAGCUACGCCAUUUCUACUUGUUCAGAUUUCCUUACAAGCAGCAGGCUGCAGUCAUUGUCCAUGAGCCAUACUAGCUCUGCUUCAGUACCGUUGUCCAUUUCUCCCAGGAAUUCUCAGCCCUUGGUUUCAUUUGUUGUUCCAGUCAGGAUCCAGACUCACAUGCCAUCUUAUGGAAGUGCAAUGUAUACAAGUCUGUCCCAGAUACUGAUGAGCCAGCCACAUGGUGGACCUUCAACUGUUGUCAUCUGUAAAGUUGAAGACAACAGGCCAAAAGGAACUCUGGUGUGUACUGCAGCCGUCCGUGACCUAGAUCUGGCUCACAUGAUAACACAGAGUCACAGAGGGUUCUUUCCAAAUCCAUAUCUGACAGUACCAUCACCAGUACAAGAAAGAAAAGGAUUUAUGUCAUUCACUUCACCUCUAGAGAGUAACAUAGGAGUGGUUGACUGUCCGUCCAUUGUUGGAGGAAGUAAACGCAUGCUUUCUCCUGCUGGUAGUUUGGAACUUACAAUGGAAAGCCAGCAACAGAAGAGAGUUAAGGAAGAAGAUGCAUCCAAGCCAGAGGAAGAGGUUGAGUUGCUGCAGUUUGCAAGUGCAGAACAUUUAGGUUCAGAAGAAAAAGCGCAGACAAAACCUUACUUGUUGAAGCAGUCCACAGUAGAUUUAAAUCCCACAUCUGUCACAACCUCAGAUGAACAAAGUCCACCAAAGGAAGCUGUGCCUCCUUCACAGUCCUUGCUACAAAGUGUAGAAGCUUUACAGUCAGAAUCAUUAGAUGAGUACAAAUUGAAACCUGGAAAGCCAUUCAGGAGAAAAACCUCUAUGGAGAUAAAGAAAGAGGACUCCAAGGAUGCAGAUGAGCAACCUGUACACAUUCUGUCAAGCUCUGUGGUAGAGUCUCCCAUUUCUUGGUCUUUGCCAACAUCUAAAGAAAGUAUUGAUAAGAAAACGGUAUUGCCAGUUCCUAGCCUCCACACAACCACUAAUGUAAGUUGGUGCUAUUUAAAUUACAUCAAGCCAAAUCAUACCCAGCAGGUGGACCACAGAUCAUCGGUUUAUGCUGGAUGGUGUGUCAGCUUAUACAACCCUCAUCUUCCAGGUGUUUCUACUAAGGUUGCUCUAGCACUUCUAAGGUCUAAGCAAAAGUUGACAAGGGAAACCUAUACAAUGGCUUCAGCUUCCCGACCCCAAACAGGAAAACUUGUGCCAUCAAAUUCCAGGAAUCCAAAAAUGACAGAGGUACAUCUUCCAUCACUUCCUGUUGGAGAGGAAAGGAAAGAUGGAUCAAAAGUAGAGAAGGAAGAGGAAAAGCAAGGAAGACAGGAAGAAGAUAAUUCCACAACCAAGAGAGGAGAACCAGUUCGUAUCAAGAUCUUCGAAGGAGGGUACAAAUCAAAUGAGGAGUAUGUUUAUGUUCGAGGUCGUGGAAGAGGGAAGUAUGUAUGUGAGGAAUGUGGAAUACGCUGCAAAAAGCCAAGCAUGCUGAAGAAACAUAUCCGAACUCAUACCGAUGUGCGGCCAUAUGUUUGCAAGUACUGUAAUUUCGCUUUCAAAACCAAAGGAAAUCUAACAAAACACAUGAAAUCAAAGGCACACAGUAAGAAAUGCCAAGAGAUGGGUGUGUCCAUUACUGCGCUGGAAGAACUGGAAGCAGAAGAAGGGACCAGUGACAGCAGACUUGUGGGAUCAGAUGACAAGGAAGAAUCUGAGCUAGUUGAAGAACACCAGUUUUCAGAUCUGGAAGAAUCUGAAGAGGAUGAUGAUGACUCUGAUGAUGAUGAGGAGGAAGAAGAAGAUGAGAGCCAAGAAGAACAAACACUGAAAUCAUCUGAAACCAGACACUCUGCACAACAGCAUUACGGAGUCAGUUCUGUUCAUCAUACUGAAAGCAGUCAGCACAUGCCUCCUUCACCAGAAGCUUCCACAUUUGGAAGUCAUCAACUAACUUAUGGAUACCUAAUGACCUCUCCAAGCCGUGAAGCAUCACAGUCCACUGAGUCCAGUGAAAUGGCCAGAUGUUCUUCUAGCCUGCUAAGUCAUCAAAGGCCAGUGCAUUCCUCUUCAGAACAGGUGGCAGCUGCUGAAACAGAAGCAAAUGCACGGCAACAACUUCUUCUAGGAUUAGAAGAGCCAUCAUCUAGAGAUGCAUCACCAAAAAGGCGAUGGUCUCCAAGCCUUGAGGCUGGAAGCACCAAAGCAGCCUUAUCAAGAAGACACUUUUUAACCAAGAGUGAGAUGUCACCAAAAAGAUUUGCAUCUGGUGGGGACAUGUCCCCCUUAAGAUGUUUGUCCCCAAGAAGGGGAAUAUCACCUAAAAGGCGUCUUUCACCUGGAAGAGAGAUGUCCCCUUUGAGGUGCAUAUCACCAAGGCAGGAGCUCUCAUCAAGCAAGCAUCUUUCACCAAGAAGAGAGUUUUCCCCAAGAACAUAUCUUUCACCAGAAAGAGGAGUAUCCCCCGUUAGACCUACUUCACCUAGCACAGAGGUAUCAGCCAGGUACUUGCCUCUCAGAAAAAUGCUGUCUUCAAGCAGUUCUGAAUCACCAACUAGAUUUCACUCUCCAAUAAAAGAUAUGUCACCCUGCAGCAGUCUCUCAGCAGCAGAAGAGAAGACUCCAGCAUCCUCUCGAGAUGUGUCUUUUGGCUUGCAGUCUGUGGUGGGGAUAUCCCACUGGGCACAUCAAAAGUAUGUGGAUGUUUAUGAACCAACUCAGAAGACAUCUGAAUCUGAAAACAUACAAGAAGGACCAAGUACCUCUACCACUGGUAUGCUAUCAGUUAGGUUGCAGAAAAUGCCACCCUUGCCAGAAGCACACACCCAUGUUGCAAGCAGAUUGGAAGACAACAUUUUCAGCCACCUACCAUUGCACUCUCAGCAGCUAGCAAGGACUCCAUGUCCCAUGAUCCCCAUUGGGGGCAUUCAGAUGGUCCAAGCAAGGCCAAGUGCCCAUCCGAGUUUGGUGCCUGUUGAUACUUCAUUGCAGACAGGGUAUUUCAUGGCCAGCAGCCUGACAGAGGUCAACUUAUACAGUCAGAGAAGUAAGAAGCUGCAAGUUCAGCUUGAACGUUUGCCCUCCUUUGAAUACCCAGCUGCAAAAGUUUCUAAGUACUCACCUUUGCAACAGACAUUCUCUCCUACCACAGUGGGCCCAGCACUGGAAAAAAAUAGGACUAGCACAUUUCUUGAAGAGGAUGUGGAAGAAAAAGAAUACAGGGUACAAACACAUGCUGAACUGGGUCACUCAGGGCCAGAAUGUGACAUCUCCAGGUUGGACAGUCCCAGCACAAGUUAUGAAUAUUCCUCAAAGCCUUCAACAAGCCGGGAAGGACUGUUGGAGGGAACGGGCAAGAAGCAAUGCAGCAGCUUAAGCACUUACUUUGAAUCUUCGGGCACUUUCAUUUCUGAUUUCCCUGCACGUACUUUAGAUAGAAGCAGCAGUACCAGCUGCCUUGUAGAACCUUCCCUGGGCCACUCGCUCCCACGAGUUGAUGCAAGGAGGAGGAGAAACUUUUCUGGGGAUCCAAGUCACCAGUUGGGAGCACAAACAAAGGGCACACAGGAUCCAGAGAGGGCAGAUUUAGGUCAAACUCAGAGACAAAAAGGUGAAGAUGCCGGAAGUGCAUUCCGUUCCUAUCAAAGUAGUUCACCCAAGACUUAAGUCACACCAGUGACUUUUUUCCAACACUAUUUUCUUUUCUAGUCAUUACAAGAAGCACUCUUAUUGACAUUUUCCUGUACCAAACUUCUUUGCUAAACAAUUCCAUUUUUGUUUGAUUGUUUGUUUGAUGUAUGUUUCACUCUGUUAUUACCACCCCAUGUGUAUGCAGUUACUUGUGCCUUUUUGAUACAUUUUGUUGCUUGAAAUGUAUAAAAUGUUGUAAGGCUGUGAAUAUUUUGGGGGAUGUUUGGGGGUUGGGGGUUUGUAAGACCCGUCUUUUGCCAUUUAAUGCCCAUGUGGGGUUGAUUGUCAAGGAAAGAGUGGGGAACCUAAGUAAUAAGAUGCACUGAAGAUUUUUUUAUAUUGAUUGAGAACUAGCACCUGUGUACAGAGAAGUUUAUGAUCCAUAUUUAUUUUAUAUAGUUUAUUUAAUGGUUGUAAAUUGCUUUUUUCUUCUGUGAAUUGUUUCUGUUGCCUGCCAUUUUGUGCUUUAAAGCAGCAGUAUUUGUUGAUGAUUAUAAUUUUUGUUAUUAAUGUAUUUCUGACAGGAUGCUCACAAACUAUAUUUUUCAUUCCAGAGCUGACAUUAUGUGAAGUUUUAAAAGUUCUUACUUGCCAAGCACGAAAAGUGCACCAUCUGGCUGUGAUGCAAUAAUGUUUAGCAUAAAAAGUGCUAAUACCAUCACGAUGUAGCAGUGGUAUUUUUCCUGAAUUUGCUGUCAGGAGAUACCAGAAAACUAACUUUUUUUUUACUACAAAGAUUUGCAGCCAUACUUAAUGACUUAUGUCGUUAAUAACAGAAACAGCCAUAAAACUGCAUUGUUUUGUAAAUUACUAAAAAAAGAUAAAAAAAAAAAUCUGAUUUUGGGUUGAAGAAUGUCUGAAAUACAUUAUUGUGAUUAGACUAUUAUUUUUAGUAAAGAACAAAUACUGUUGCUUUGUGAACAGCUUUCGUUUUAGAAAUGUUUACCCUAAACAAGUAAAAGUAGCACUUAAUAGCUGUUUCUCAUGUCGAUGUCAGUAUUCAGGAUCUGUUUAUGUUUUUCCCAUGAAAUAUUGUUUAAAACAGCACUUUUAAAUGUGUUUGGGGGAAUAACCUUAUCAUAGGAAUGAAAAUAGUGUACAUAAUGCUCAUUGAAAUUGCAUUUUGUAUAAGUAAAACAUCGAAUAACCAAAUUAUGCAGAAAAUGUAUACAGAUUGUUGAACAUUUAAAGUGACCCCAUGAUAUAACUGACAUAGACCGACAUUUCUCCAGAUGUAUGUGUUUAGGCAGUUAAAAGAAAAAGACUCCAUAGUGCAUCAAAGCAGUCCUCAUCCCGGUAGCCAAACUCUAGGUGGUCAGUGACAAUUUUUCGCCAAGUAGUCUCCUUGCUGUAUGUCACUGCAUAUUGGCAGUAUUUUUUGUCACGGUGAAAGAAAAAAGUGUGUGAAUUGUUCAAAUGAGAGAAAUAACCUGACUUUGCAUUACAUUUUUUAUUGUGCCCACUCAGAUUGUUAUCAGUUUUAACCUGCAAAAUCUGUGUAUAGCCAUUUUGCUGCCACGACACACGAAGUGUGUAUUACAUGAUUUCAGCACACUUAAGGACAUAAGGAUACUCAGCACAUGACCUUGUGCCUUAACACUUGAAGCAUGCUUUAAAAUAUUUUACUGAAUGCUCUGUCAAAGUGUGUUACUUACACAUGCAUCAGGCACAAAAAAGUCAUUAUGGUCUUCAUUAUACAUGCACUAGCUUUUUAACUACUGUUCCAUUUUUGUCUUAGCUUUGUCUACUUCAAUUUCGGGCUGAAUUGAAUCUCACCUGACACUUAAAUCAUGGGGGGUAUAAAAAUGUAUUUCUGUCUGUUGGAUGGUACUAUUUAGAAGGAAUUUGCACAACUCCAGAAAGGUACUAAACCUUGGAUAUAUUUGAAUUUUUUUUUUAUGUUUUAUUUGAUGGGAAAAAACAGAAUUUCUUUGGUUAUCUAGAAGGCCACAGGUCUGUGUGGAAGUAUUAAUUAUGCAUUUUUCUAAAAAAAAAGUGACAUUGCCAGUUUUUAUUCUGUAAAAUAUAUAUAUUUUUUCUAUUGGCAUGGGUUUAUCCACAGUCGCACACUAUGCAUUUUGAUAAUAUUUACACAAGAAUGUCAUGUAAUGUUCUGUUUAAAUGUCUGGUGUUCAGGCAUCCUGAGUAACUUAAUGCAUUCUGAAUUUCAACUCUGUGUUAUACUUCUCCCACUGGAAAAAAUAAGUGUGAUUACAGCUGACUCCUAGUGUGCAGAUUUUCUGUAGCUUCCAUCAGUAUUUUAAAUCUAACCAGAGACUAGAGCAGUGCCGAUGGAUAGUAUAGCACUUGCUUUUAUGCAGUCCAUGGCAG